AGUUCUCUGACUUCAACGUUUGCUUACUUGAAGCAUAGCGCUAAGUUUCAAUCUUUAAUAUUGGGUGUAUUGUUGUGGGUUAUCCCUGACCAGACGUUCCAUGGCGACUUCGCUUUGCUUCAAGGCUUCGCUGUCUACCGCCGGUCGCCCUGGAACUAUCGCUAACAGAAGUACAAACCGCGUACCUCGCGCACUGGUAGUGCGGACACAAGCGGUAAAGCUUCCAACUGGAGUGACUGUGCCACCAAAGCAACCCGAAGUGCCGCCCCCAAGGACUGGUUUCGUGGACUUUGCGGAGCGACUCAACAGCCGAGCGGCGAUGAUUGGAUUCUUUGCCCUCUUGGCUGUGGAGGGCAUCUUCGGCAAGGGACUACUGGAGUUAAUUGGAGUGACCACAGGGAACGGCCUUGGCUUUGAGCUGUAGGUGACCUGGGGAUACUUCGCCACAUGACCGGAUUGCACGGGGCAUUUCGGCAAUCGCGUGUCACGAUCAGGGUUGGCUUGGGUUAUAGCUAUUCCAGGGUUGGUUUCUACCGGUAUACAGAAGACCAACUGCGCAUUGUUGGCUGUUACCUCCAUAGUGGCAUAUCUGCAUGUAUGUGCGAUGCACGUUGAGCUGUAUAAAUUAGGCAAGAGGGGGCAAGAGGAGUCGUAGCGUUGGAGGUGUUGCAAGGCGAGAGCAGGUACGAUAGUCAAGCAAAGAGUGAAGUGUCACGAGGAAAAUCGGUGACCAGGCUACGUGCCAAGCCUGAGCGUGAGAGACAAUGUCAUGUACUUAUAUUGCAGGCCGAUUAGGGGCAUUGUGUAGCUAAUGAUAGUGCGGUCGCGAGAGAACCCUUGCAAGGCUGUUGCGUGUUGCGGUGGUGCACGCGGUAGGCAGGAUCCUAGGCUGGUUUGGCAACCGCGGGAGAGCGGGAUGGGGAGUGCAAGAUGCUGCCCGGUAAUCAAAUAUGCUGUAAGGGCUGUACGGAGAUUCAAAUUUUUGAAAAGUAGUACAAACAGAGGUACACUGCAAUUAAGGGUUACGGAAGACGAUAAGUGAUACUGUGCUGCACCUUGUAAGAUCUCAUCAAAUAA